CAAGUUUCCAAGCGCGCCAACAGACGUGUGUUUCGCUGCUGUCAAACUAAAGAAAAUUUGUAAAAAAAAUCAAGAUGUCCAAAAUUGAGAAGAUGAGCAUCCUUGGUGUGAGGAGUUUUGGAGUGGAGGAUAAAGACAAACAAGUGAUAUCAUUCUUCAGUCCAUUGACAGUGUUAGUUGGGCCCAAUGGGGCCGGUAAAACGACCAUCAUUGAAUGUUUAAAAUAUGUUACAUCAGGCGACUUUCCACCAGGGAGUAAAGGCAACACUUUUGUUCAUGAUCCAAAGGAUGCUCAUGAGACAGAUGUUCGGGCCCAGAUCCGCCUGCAGUUCCGAGAUGUCAAUGGAGACGUGGUGGCUGUGCAAAGAUCGAUGCAGUGCACCCAGAAGGGCAAAAAGAUUGAGUUCAAAACCUUGGAGGGGGUCAUAACCCGGGUCAAGCAUGGGGAGAAAGUGAGCCUGAGUUCAAAAUGUGCGGAGAUCGACAGAGAGAUGAUCACAGCGCUGGGAGUUUCCAAGGCCGUCCUCAACCACGUUAUUUUCUGCCAUCAAGAGGAAUCCAACUGGCCCUUGAGCGAAGGGAAAGCCCUAAAACAAAAGUUUGAUGAGAUCUUUUCUGCAACAAGGUACAUCAAGGUGCUGGAAACUCUGCGGCAGCUGCGGUUGAAGCAGUCCAACUGUGUGAAAUCCUGCCAGAUGGAGCUGAAGUACCUGAAACAGAAUAAGGAGAAGGCCCAGGAGAUACGAGACCUGCUCACCAGCAAGGAAUCACAGCUGGCUUCUUCCAAGGAAAGUGUCCAGCGCAUUGAGGGCCAGAUAGAGCCACUGGAGAAUCGACUGAUGGACAUUGACAGUAGUCUCAGCAAAGUGAUGAAGCUGGACAAUGAUAUAAAGGCAUUAGAGAGCAGAAAGAAACAGAUGGAGGAGGACAAUCGGGAAUUGGAAGAGAAAAUGGAGCAGGUUUUUCAGGGUUCAGAUGAGAAAUUGCAGGAAAUGUACCAAAACCAUCAGAGAACUGUACGGGAGAAAGAGCGGCGCCUAGCAGAGUGUCAGCGUGACAUAGAACGUGCCAACCGAGAGUGCCAAAGGCUGAAUCGCCUCAAAUCUGAGCUGCUGGUGGAACAGGGUCGUCUCCAGCUGCAAGCAGACCGCCAUGCCCAGAAUAUGAAAAACCGUGACUCGCAAGUGAAGGCACUGGCUAUGUCUCUUGAGAUGGAUGGUUAUGAGAGGACACCAUUCAGUGAGAGGCAACUGCAAAGUUUCCACCGGCAGGUGAAAGAGAGGCAGGACAAGGAGACGGAGGCACUCAGCCAGGUCUUGAAAGAUUUGCAAGAGAAGGAAACAAUGAAACAACAAAGCAUUGACGAAAUUCGAGACAAGAAGACGGGACUGGAGCGGACUAUUGAGUUGAAAAUGGAUCUGCAGACCAAGAAGCAACAGGAGCUGAAGAAUGUGAAGGAGGAAUUGCAGAAGCUAGAAGGAUCUUCCUCACGCCUGCAGGAGCUUGAGUUGGAGCUGGUCAAAGCGGAGCGAGAGCUGGAGAAUGCUCUUCAGGCCUCUAAUGUAGAGGAGCUGAAGGGAGAAGUCCAAGAACUCCAGAGAGAGAAGGCUGAGCUGGACAAAGUGCAGCGCAAGCUGGACCAGGAAAUGGAGACACUCAACGCUCACACGAUGACUCGGACACAGAUGGAAAUGCUGAAGAAGGACAAGGCAGAAAAAGAUGAACAAGUGAGGAAAAUCAAGUCCAGGCACAACGAGGACCUUGUCUCUUUGCUUGGCUACUUUCCCAACAAAAGACAGCUGGAGGACUGGAUCCAUACUAAAAAUAAAGAGAUCCAAUCCACCAGGGAAAAGCUUUUCAAACUUAACAAGGAUCUGGCCUCCAGUGAGCAGAACAAGACCCAUUGCAGCAUGCUGAUCAGACAGAAGGAGCAACAGGUAGCCAACUAUGAGGAGCAGCUUUUCAAUGUGUGUGGCAGCCAGGACUUUCAGAGUGACCUCACCAAGCUGCAGGACGACCUGGAGAAAUGCUCAAAGCAGAGAGCUAUGCUAGCGGGUGCCACGGCUGUAUACACUCAGUUCAUCAGCCAGCUGACAGAGGAAGGUGAGCCCUGCUGCCCCGUGUGUCAGCGCACCUUCCCGUCAGAAUCUGAGCUCCAGGAUGUCAUCAACGACAUGCAGUCCAAGCUCCGGCUAGUUCCUGAUAAGCUCAAGAACACAGAGCUGGAGCUGAAGAGGAAGGAGAGGAAGCGCGAUGAGAUGAUGGCACUUAAACCCAUACGGCAAUCUUUAUCUGAGUUUCAAGAGCGUGAAUUACCGGAACUGCGGAACAAGCUGCAGGGCAUCAACCGUGAGAUUGAGCGGCUGAAGAAUGAUGUGGAGGAGCAGGAGACCCUGUUGUCCACGCUGAUAUCUGAGGAGGAGACAGCCAAAGCCUGUCUGCAGGACAUAUCCCUGAUGGACAGGUACCAGUUGGACCUGAAGGAGGUGGAGCGUAAGAUUGCCCAGCAUGCUGCGAAACUGCAGGGAGUGGACCUGAGCCGCACAGUCCAGCAGGUCAGGCAGGAGAAGCAAGAGACCCAGCACCGCAUAGACACAACAUCCAGCAAAAUAGAGCUGAAGCGGAAGCUGAUUCAAGACCAGCAGGACCAGAUCCAAGCUCUGAAAAGUAACGUGAAUGAGACAAGGGCGGAGAAGCUGCUCAUCUCCAGCAAUAUGCAGCAGCAGCAGCAGUUGGAGAGCCAGUGUGUGGAGUUCUCCACAGAGAUCCAGUCCCUGUACAGAGACAUCAGGGAAGCUAAAGAGCAGGUGUACCCUCUGUCUGCCAUGCUGGAAAAGCUGCAGCAGGAGAAACAGGAGCUCAUAGAUCGCAGGAAGCAGAAGCAGGAGGAGGGGCAAGAGAAAAUAAAUGCUGUCAAGGACAGGCUGAGAAACAUCACCCUCUUUGAGAAAGAGAUUGAGAAGUACAUCACAGAGGGCAAGGACGAGUACAAGGAGCAAAAAGAGGCUGAACUGCAAGAGACCAGCACCCAGCUGCAUGAGGCAGAGAAGCAGCGUGAGAAGAUCCAUAAAGACAUGGGGGACAUCAGGCAGGACAUUGACACGCAGAAGGUCCAAGAGCGCUGGCUUCAGGACAACCUGACACUGAGAAAGCGUAUGGAGGAGCUGCAGGAGGUGUCCGAGAAGCGCAAGGCCUUAAUGAAGGAGAUGGGGGAUAUGCAGGUUCUGCAGCUCCGAAAUGAGCGCAGGGAGGUCGAACGGAAGGUAGAGGACCUCAAGAAGAAUCGCAGCGUAGCUUUGGGAAGGCAGAAGGGCUUCGAGGAGGAGAUCAUGCGCUUCCGUAAGGAACUGCGGGAGGAGCAGUACUGCCAGGCCGAGGAGCGCUUCAGAGACAAGAUGAUCGUCAUGCGCACUACAGAGCUGGCCAACAAGGACCUGGACAUCUAUUAUAAGGCUCUUGACCAAACCAUAAUGAAGUUUCAUAGCAUGAAGAUGGAGGAGAUUAAUAAAAUCAUCCGAGAUCUGUGGCGUAGCACAUAUCGUGGACAAGACAUCGAAUACGUGGAGAUCCGCUCUGACGUGGAUGAGAACGCCUCAGCGGGCGUGAAGAGGAGAACCUAUAACUACCGCGUCGUGAUGGUGAAAGGUGACACAGCACUGGACAUGAGGGGACGCUGCAGUGCUGGACAAAAGGUUCUAGCAUCGCUCAUCAUCCGCCUCGCCUUGGCUGAGGCGUUCUGUCUGAACUGCGGCAUCCUGGCUCUGGAUGAGCCCACCACCAAUCUGGACCGAGAAAACAUUGAGUCCCUGGCCCAUGCCCUAGUGGAGAUUAUCAAAAGCCGCUCCCGACAACGCAACUUCCAGCUACUCAUCAUAACCCACGAUGAAGACUUUGUGGAGCUCCUUGGUCGCUCUAACUAUGUGGAGCACUUCUACAGGAUCAGGAAGAACAUCGAUCAGUGCUCAGAGAUUUCAAAGUGCAGCGUGUCCUCUUUGACUUCCCAUCUGAACUAACUUCGCAGACUUACCCUUCAGCCGUGUUGCUUCCUUCAAACCUUACAACCUCACUUUGUUGCCAAGCUGAGCUGGAACCACAAGUUGUUGCCGGAAGUAAUUGAGGCAGUCUGUCAUGUUUGUGUAUGCAGUUGUGGGUGUUUUCACAGGGUUGGGUUAAUAUUUUGUUUGAAAUAAGCACUACAGUAAUUAUUUUCACUGUGUUAAUGGUUUGAUUCUUACAGGAAAGGGGAAAACUUGCCAGGUUUUGUGUAUUUUUGCUGAAUACGUGUCACUAAUUUGUCUUCAAUAAUGUACAUAUUGCAUUGCUUUUGGUACAGAAGGUGUAUAAGUGACAACUGUAAGGAUAUGGGUCAAGAAAACUGGUUUAUCAUGCAAGCGAACCAAUGUAGCUUUAAAAUAUUAAAUGUUCACAGUAUUC